GUCUAGAGAUUAUUAGUAUUUUUAAAAUCCUUGACUUCAGGCAUAAACUAAUCUACCUAUGGAGUUGGAAGACCCAGCAAAAUUCCAUCCAUCCAUCAAUUUUCUUGCACCCUAGUCUCCGGUGGGUUCUGGAGGGGUGCUGGUGCCUUUCUCCAGCGAGACAUUUCAGGCGACAGGCGGUGUACAUCCUGGACAGGUCACCAGUCUGUUGCAGCCUAGCAAAAUUAAGAAAGCACCGAAAGUUCCAGAUUUUCAUGUCACGUGAUCCCUAAUUGCGCACGCAACUGACCGUUAAGUGCGAUUGACGUCAGAGCACCGACGGUUAGUCUGAGUUGCGGUGACCAUGGCCGAGGAUGUGACCGUUUCAGAGGAGACUUUAACCGGUGCCCUGAGUCUGUUGGUCAGUUUGGGUCAAAUAUUACUCCAGAAUGCCCAGCAGGAAGCAGCAGCGUCUCUGCAGACUUUUGUUCCUCAUAAGAUCACUACUUUAUUUGGUUUGAUCACAGCCGGGGAAAAUUUCUACAGAAGAAUUGGAGUGAAGACAAAAGGUGAAGCAGAGGCUGUUUGGCAGAAAUUAUACCACCAUCCAGCAGUCAGAGAGCAAGUAGAAGAGCUUCUGAAACUGGAGAAUGAGUGGGACUCCUUCCUGCAGAGUGUGGACAAGGAUUUGCAGACGACUGAUGAGCUGCUAUCAAGAGCAAAGCCAGCAGACAGCUUAAGUCCCGACUCUGUAUUCACUGAUGCACGAUCAAAAGAGAGUGUGACUCUGGGUCAGUUCUUGGGUCAGAAGCUGCUGCUGGUUCUCAUUGGACAUUUUGGAUGGCUGCCGUGACGGGACCAUGUGGCCGAGCUGGAGACCAAUCAGACCCUCCUGGAGGCCCAGUCAGUGCGGGUCAUGGUGGUUUCCUUCGGCAGUGUGGAGGGAGCUCAGCUGUGGCUGGAACAGACAGGAUGUACCUUCGAAAUGCUGUUGGAUUCACAAAAAAAGGUCUACCAGAGUUUUGGGCUUGGCUCCUCCUUCUCCAAGGUGUUGAAGUUCGGCUGCCUGAUGCAGUUGUCAGAGUUCAGCGCUGCAGACAGAGACGUCCCUGAUUUCCCACAUCGCCUGCUGGAAGACAUUUAUCAGCUGGGCGGGGAUUUUUUACUGGACGAAACGGGAAAGGUGCUUCUCUCUCAUCCGUCUAAAACCCCCUUGGACAGACCGAGUUUGAAAGACGUCCUGCAAGCCGCUGAGGACGACUCCACCAGCAGCUAUGAAGAUAAAAAUGAACAAAAGCCAUAAAAAACAUUGAUACCACAGAAGAAGACCGGCUCUGUGACGCACAUCGAUGACGUCUCGUCUUACACUCGUUACGAAGAGAUGCGACUGAUGGAGAACUGUGCAGAAAAGACGAAACUGAUCUUCUUUUGUCAUGUCAAUGUUGUGAUUUAAAACAAAAAAUCAUAUUUAUUUGUUACUUAACAAAAAAUAUACAGUUGAAACCAGAUAUUUGCAAACACCAUAUAAAAAGGAUCAUUCUGUUUUGCAACCUCAGAACCAAAGUAAAGUCGGUCUUAACAUGAACUGAAAGGCCGUUCAGGAGGAAAAACCCAAAACACCAGAAACAAUAUAAAAAGAAAGAUGAUAGCUUCAAUAUUUGGAAGCAUGGCUAAUGCAGACCAAAUGCCAGCUCCCAUCGCUAAAACAACGCAGAAAAUCAACAUCAUCGUUAACAAUUUCUCCUUCUGUUUGCUGAUUGGCCAGAUUGAAAAUCUACCAGAGGGAAUCCAAGUGAAUGGGAGAAAGUUCAGACUGUGCUGUAAGUGAGAUUGCACAGGAGGGAAACAUCCAGCAAGACAUCAGUAAUUUUAAAAUGUUUACUGCAAAAAAACCAAUGCAUUCUGGGUACAGAAUAAGCAUAAUUAGCUGCAACGCAUUAGGUUUGGAGAAUGUGAGAAGAGGAAACAGAACCGCUGCUUCUCCCACUUCAAAAUAAGAGCAUGAAUAUCAAUGUUUAUAUACUUCAGGAAUCAAGCAGAUAACCAGAACUUGAGUUUAUUCAACUUACAAAACAGCCAAGAAAAUUAAUACUUUGAAAUUGAUCCAGAAAACGUAAAUUUAGGGGAAACAAAGUGCGCUAAACAGAAACACUGUUAGCGGAUUACAGAAAAUUAAGUGUGCAAACCGAACUC